GUGCGUUUACAGCAGAGGUGAGGCUGCGAUUUUCUUUUUCCGCGUUGCGCAAGGGCGAAACCACAGGACUGCCAUUACGUUCGCUAUUCUCCCACCAUGGCACCACAGAACAACCUGGGCAAGCGCGUCAAGGGCACCUCGAUACAUCGGCCAUUUAUAUACGGGACCACGGCGAAACCGUUCGACGAUGAAAAGAACCCCAAGCCACCCGGCGUCCCCGACGACCACACACACUCGUGGCAGGUCUUUGUCAAGGGCGUCGAGGAUACAGAUGUGACCUACUGGCUUAAACGGGUGCAAUUCAAGCUGCAUGAGUCGAUUCCCAACCACAUACGAAUGGUCGACAGCGAACCCGGAAAACCAUUCGUGGUCAACGAGACGGGGUGGGGCGAGUUCGAGAUCGCGAUAAAGCUCUACUACGUGCCCGAGUCGGGCGAGAAGCCGCAGACGCUGUACCACCACCUGCGCCUGCACCCGUACGGGCGGACCGAUGCCGAAAAGGACGCCAUGCGCUCGUCGGGUGAGGUCACAGCCUGGACCUACGAGGAGCAGAUCUUCAACGAGCCCUACGAGGUCUUUUACGACGUCCUGACGAGCGGAGCCCUGCCCACCACGGCCGCUAACCGCGGCAAGGGAAAGGGCUCCGCGCCGGCAGCCGGCGGGGUGCGGACCGAGGGCGGCGUGCUUGAGAGGAGCGCCAUGAUCCCACUGAGCAAUAGGCCCGGGCAGCCCUUCAGCCGCGACACGGAGCAGCUUGAGGUCGAGAGGCUCAAGAAGGCUCAGGAGAAGGCACAGGCGCUGAUGAGCACGCUGCAGACGCAGCUGAAGAACAAGGAGGCUGCCCUGCAGAAGUUACGGAAGCAGACCGCUUCUGCAAAGUGAUGCUGCGUGGUAGUUGAUAGGGGGUUGGAUUGUCCAGAUGGAGUUUAUUUUUAUUUGGCAUUGUUUUGGGCGCAUGGCGUUUCGGUGGCAAUGGGGUAAAAGAUACCAACCUUGAUGAUUAGGUAGGGAUUUGUGUUUUUUUAUUAUUAUUAUGUUUCUUCGGUAUGACAAGAAUCUAGCACUCUCUAGUCUACAGAGCAGUUUUAUCUUGUAUUAACCAUACUACGUACACCUGAACUGGUCCCAUCACACGAUGACAAGACGCAAAAGCAGUAUCACUAUGACAGUAAACAGUCUGUCUUCUGCUGCGGCUUUUCCUUGCCCAAAUAGUAGCCCUGAUCAUGCAGCUCUAGCUCCAUGUCCCUCCAGUAGUCAAGUUUGGUCGUCUGGUCCUUCAGGUCUAAAUCCCCCAGUCGAGCCUCGACCUCAUCAGUGCUACUACCCUGGCGAGAGAAGCGAACGUAGCAAGUACAAUCGCGUAGCGUCAUGGCGAGACCCAGCUUGAACUGGUCCUUGGGUUCCAAGACACCAGUGCUAUCAUUGGAUACUUGGGCAUCGUGGAGAUGCGGGAGCAGAGUGUUUUCCCGAAGCCAAUUUUCCAGCGUGAUCGCCGCCGGUGAGCCUGAUGGAAUUUCCAGACCUUUGGUAAUGAACUCCUUGACCCGUGCCAUCGACCCUUCGCUGGCUCUGUCCAUAAAGCGCAGAGGGCAGAGAAUCGAGUCGCUGGUGCCCUUUUCGUUGUUCCUGAAGGCCUCUCGCGCGCAGUUGCGGCAUCUGGCGGCAUCCUUGGGCGCAGUGGGUGACUGCUCCAGCCACUUGGGCUUGAACUCUAUGAGUAUUUCAUCGUGGUUCCCUGCGGUGCGGGUUGCAUAAGCAUUAAUCUAAUUUUUCAAGGGGUACCAGUGAGGAGAAAAAAAGAAAAGAAAAAAAGAAACGACCAGGGAUGCAUAUGGGGAGCGCGAGUAAGACUAACUUGGGCGCAUGUCAUGUAUCAGCAUCGCAGUACGAAGGUCAAUUUUAAUCUUAGUCCCCUUCAUCUUUGAUUUGCGUUGUCCUUUGGUUUCGGCAGCCUCGAGUUCACUUCUCAGCCUGUCAAGUAUGGCAUCUUGUCCCUCAAUCUUGACAAGAUACUGAGGGACUAGAUCCCUCGGCUCAAACAACGGAUAAACGUUCUCACACCAGUGCUUGUGGAUAUCCUCAUGAUCUCCUGUCACGUCUUUGGGCACUCGAAUGAGCAAGUCACGCAUCGAGUCCUGAGCCUCUGGGAAGCUAAAGACUACAUUUGCCAUGCCCUCACCGACAUAUUUGACAGCAUUUCCCAACCCUUUAGGGAAGGCUUGCACUUCGGGUGAGUAGUGAAGGGUGUGAAUGUCUUGAGCCAUGUUGAGUAACGGAGACUAUUUGUAGAUACCUUAGCUAUGGUACUUCUUUCGGGGAGAGUUGUUUGUUUGUUUGUCUGUAGUUGAGACAACUGACGACCGUAUUGAUCUUGAAGUUGUCGGAUGCGGUUGUUGAUACGUGGUUGUUGUCUGACAAAUGACUUUCAAUGUCGCCGCUAAACAGCACGGGAUGGAAUUAAAUAUAUCCUGAACAUGUAUGUAUCAUGAAUAAAUCGUGGCCCUAAGCGACUGUGGCUGCAGCGAGACAAGCAGGCUUCAAGGGCCAAGAGAAGGAGCACUCUGUAGUUGAGCAGGAAUUGUGCAAAUUGAUCUGACAAGCGGCGAAGGGCAGGCGUUCAGCUGGGUGUCUGUCUGUCUGCCUUGCCUGCCUU